AUGGGCCAAGGAGACGAUAUACUAGUGGAUGUAGGGGGGUGUGUGGCGGUGGGUGCACGUGCGUUUGUCAGAGGGAUGGGGAUGGGUGCUGAGGGGAAUGGAACGAUGGCAAGCGAUGAUGGCAUGGUGGGCGGUCGUGGCAUGGAUGCUGGUGGUGCAAUGGGGACGCAUGAUAGCAUGCAUGGCAUGGUGAUGACAGACGGUCAUGCCAUGGGUGCUGAUGAUGGUGCCAUAGUGACCCAGAAUGGCAUGAACGAUGUGGAUGGCAUGAGUGGCAUAGAUGGCAUGGAUGGCAUGGGCAUCCAUGGCAUGGGUGCUGAGGACAUGCAUGGUCAAGGCAUGCAUGGCAUGGGUGCCGGUGCAAUGGUGGCCUCUAGUGACAUGCAUGGCAUGGUGAUGGGUGGUCAGGGUAUGGGUGCUGAUGGUGCAAUGCUGACCCAAAAUGGCAUGGAUGGUACAGGUGUGAGUGCAAGUGCGAUCUUUCCUAUCCGAAGCUGGUCGUUUGGUGAUUCGGAGUGGAUGGGCAGUGGUGGUCUGGCAGUGGCCGGCAGGGGGCAUGAGAUGGAUGCUGAUGGUAGGGGUACGAGUGCAAGUACAAAGUUAGGUGAUUUGGAGUGGAUGGGCGGCGGUGGUGCGGCAGUUGGCGGCAGAGGGCAUGAGAUGGAUGCUGAUCGUGCAAUGGGGACGCAGAAUGGCAUGCAAGGCAUGGGUACGAGUGCAAGUAAAAAGUUCGGUGAUUUGGAGUGGAUGGGCGGCGGUGGUCUGGCAGUGGGCGGCAGCAGUGGGCGGCAUGGGAUGGAUGUGCUGCUGAUAGAGAAACCACUGCCACCACAGCAACAGCAGCAGCAACAACAACACAACCGACAAUGCUUGCAGCAGCAGCAGCAGCAGCAGCAGCAGCAGCAGCAGCAGAAGCACCAUUACUUGCUGCAACAGCAGGAGAAGCAGCUGCAGCAGCUACAGCAGCCGAAGCAGCAGCAGCAGCAGCGUCACUAUCACCAGCUUCUGUCGCUGCCACGACUACCCCUCCCAGUUCCACAUGCUCCUUUUCGACCGUUUCAGCAUUCAGCUGAACAAAUCAUGCAGCAGCAGCGGCAACAGCAGCAGCACCCACAGCAGCAACAGGAGGAGGAGAAGGAGGCGGAGGAGAAAGAGGAGGAGGAAGUGGUGAAGCAGGCGCAAGAACGAGUCUCCCUGCUGUCCCUCUCAUCUGCUCUCACCUCAGGGAUAAAAGGCGCAGGGAGGGGAGCAGGGGUCGUGGCGGAGGCCUGUAUGAGGCAGAUGCUGCAUGCAUUUGACCCGCUGCAGGGUGCCCUUGCUGCUGUCACCUCACCUGCAGGCUCUUCUGCUGCUGCUCGCAACUCACCUGCUCCACCUAAAAGCUUUCGUCUGGGUCCCCUGGGUUUACCGAGUCUGUCUGGUCUCCCGGAUUGGGCGGAUCUUGCCCCGUUUGCUGCAAUCUACUGGUUCGGUUCAAGGCUCAACUGUGUGCUAAGAAGAUGUCCCUCGUUCCGCGUUACUGCUGCAACUGAACCCGCAAGCAACCAGCACGGACAGCCCUUCCUGCCAGCACAGAAGCUUCUGCUCCCUUCCACGCCUCUGCAACCACCGCCUUUGCUGCUGCCCCAGCCAGUGCUGCCGUUAGUAACACCCGCCCCGGUUACCGCUAUGUUGAUGUCAGCACUACCAGGAGCCACUGUGCCUAUCUCUCCUGUAUCACCAUCAUUAUUAUCACCACAGCUAUUGUCACCAGCGCUACCAUCGCCGCCACUCCCACUGUACCGCAUAAGCCCUUCUAACUGCAACGGGGGCAAGCGGGAGAGGAGGAGGAAGGAGGGGAGGGAGCGGCGAGCAGUGAGUGCGAGGGAACAGCUGGGGCUGUCAGGAGCCAGGGGGGCCCUGCCGCAAGCUGCCGCCCAGAAGAUGCUACAGUGGCUGGUGGCGCAUUGGGACAAUCCGAAACCAUCAAAAGAAGAGAAGACGGAGUUCAUGAAUGCAUUCAACAUCACGAAAAAGCAGGCCCAGGUGCAGGCACCCUUGGUCGCUGAAAUCGCUGACUCGUGUUGUCUGUGUGCGUGCAGGGACGAAACUGAUGACCCCCGAGAGGCGCCGAGCAAUCUGGGCCAUUUAUGGAGAACCGACGAGCUAGUGGAUGGUCCGAACGCGUCUCACAUCACCCCGAGGGCUCUAGACAGAUGGGAGGAGCGCCUGGACGAGCUCUUCCAAGGUCGGCCGUACGACAUGCUGGACGCUGCUCUCUCGGACACAAUCCAGACAUUCCCUAUGAGCAUUCAGCCGUACAGAGACAUGGUCGAUGGCAUGCGGAUGGACCUGAGGAAGUCCCGGUACCGCACGUUUGACGAGCUCUACGUGUACUGCUACAAUGUGGCCGGCACUGUGGGCCUUAUGAGUGUUCCUGUCAUGGGAAUCGACCCCAAGUCUAAAGCGCCUGCAGAAGAUGUGUACAAGGCUGCUCUGGACCUUGGCAUUGCCAAUCAGCUCACAAACAUCUUGAGAGAUGUUGGAGAAGAGUAA